GCCCAUUCGGAAUCUGUCCUCAUAUUGUAGAUGAUGGAGGUUCAAAAUGGCAUCCUUCAUCCGCGCAAAAGACGGCGGAGAAGGCGUCUUGACCGGCCUGCCAUUUCCGCGCGCCUGCUGCGUGAUGACCGUCUGAAGGGAGAGGUAGGAAUACUGUCUGAGGACCUCUUCAACGACCUCUUUCCUGGUUCCAGAAGUGCUGUGAAUGGAGACGCGCAAGACCCGAACCGCGUUCAUCACGUCGCGAUUACCCCAUGGCAGCCGAGUUCCCUCGUGGCUUCCCAAGACGUCGCGUGGACCAUCCUUCCUGUGCGCAUUGCCGACAAGACGGGAAGCGCGACUGCCCGCCCACACUCAUCCCUCCAUGUCCCCACAUCGUCGCUCGCGUUCCAGUCGUUCUCGCAGCUUCUCCACAGUGUAGCUCCCCACAAGACGCAGAGAAGGGAUGCGCCGAUCGAGGUCCGCAUAUAUGAUGUCGUUCCGUUGGGGUUGGAGACUGUGUACGUCACUCUGGAUACGGAAGCCUUGAGGAAGCUGGACGACGUGCAUGCCAAGUUCGGCGGUGGCUUUGUGAACCAGCCCAAUGGCGCGGCAAAGGGGCCCAGGAGUCGCUAUCCCGACUCGAACGGGACAAAGGCGAAGGCGAGUGUAGACCAUACAGCCCAAGAGCAAGCUUGGAGGACUGCCGUGCGAGAGGCUCUCCAGUCGCCAACAGUGCUCCACACAGGGGACUUGCUCCCCCUUCCGCUCCCAGCCCAUCCCAUCACUCACAUGCCACCUCCGCCAGCAAAGAUCACUGCCUGUGAGCCUGUGUCGCAAGGUCUGCUACUACCCACUACUAGAGUCGUCGUGCUACAAUCGCAUCGCAGCCCCAAAACGGCCGUUGUCCAGUCGCCUGUGAAGCGGGCCACCAUCUCGAACGGAUUCGGAGAUGACGACGAAACGGACGAUACUUCGAACGAUACCUUCUACUCUGCCGCAGAAGACCGAGCCGAGUCUCGCAACACCUCUCCACCAGAUGAAGAGUCGAUGGAUACUCUAGACUCUGAGCUGUCUGGCACGGAUGGCGGUGACCUAUCUGACGACGAUCCAGACGAUUUCAUUUCCCUAAAUGCGCCAAUGCUACCACCUCAAUCAUCAGGCGUUCUUUCAUCCUUCACUUCCGCUACACCUCGAGCUGGCAACUACCGAACGAACGGCAUUGCCAGUCCCGGAUCGGUUUACUCGAGCUUCACUGCAAGCACCGCCCGUGGUCCGUCAUCGAAGAGCAAGGUUUUCAAGGCACAUGGGCUUUUGCAGAGUAUAUCCGACGAGUUGAUGCACCCAAAACCUGGAAGCGAAGACGACGAGGAAGCUCGAGUUUUCGUCGACAUAAAUACACUGGUCAAAGUCGGGUGUUUCUCCGGCGACUGGGUCAAGAUUGAAGCUACUGAGGAACCCUCUUCUGAUCCUUUGUGGGGGCUCGGAGCGUUUGGAGGGGUUAAUGUAGACAAUGAUUCCAAUUGGCGUCCGGUCAGAGUCUACGGACUACCAGAGAACAUGUCCAAGAAGACUGCCAAAUACCCCCUCAACAAAACACAGAAUCAAAACCGUAGGGUUAGUAGUAUGUCUGGAUUUCCUCAGAUGAAUACCCCUCUACAAGCCUAUCUCUCGCCAGUAUUGUUGGCAAAUCUUGGGAGCCCUUCACAUCUUCGUAUCACCCCCCUUGUUUCCCAUCAAUCGUCACAUCUUCCGCGAAGCGCCACUGUCAAGCCACGGCUCAACAGCUCUUCGCUGCCACCACCCGCCAAAGACGUCACGCUCUUGAAACUUUCAACACCUCUUUCGUCUGACCGGCUACUCCAACCAAGCUUGUUUGCUGCUCUUAAAGAACACUUCGAGCAGAAACGGCGAGUUGUAAAAGGUGGUGAUUUGAUUGGUAUUUCAAUCGACGAGUCACUUGGACGGGCAGUGUUCCAAGGCACAACAGAGGAGGAUGCUGGCAGUGAUGAACUGCUAUCAAGAUCUAAGAAGGGCGCCAGUGUGGAAAGCCGCAAUCCGAAGGUGGUAGCCUGGUUCAAGAUUGGAAAUGUCUCAAGCUCAUCACAGGCGCCUCGUGAUGACGAAGAAGAGGAUCCUUGGGGUGGUGCUGUCACAGUGGACGCCGCAAGCACAAAGAUGGAGAUGAACGGAAGCGAACAGGGGAAAACACCUGCACCUAUCAACAACGCAUGGCAAUACUACCUAGGUGCCAAGCGGACUCCAAUCUCGGCCUCUCAAAAGAUGAUGGCGCAAGACGAGCUUCCCAAGCCUUACAUCUCUUCGCUUCGCAGGCGGUUACGAGAACUCAUGUCAGUAGCUACUAGUCCAAGGGCCAUUCACCUGGGAUUGCCACCGAUUGCGGUGUUGAUCACGUCUACGCAACGAGGUAUCGGCAAGUCCACUGUGGCCACAAAAGCUUGUGAAGAUCUCGGGUUGCACACAUUCUCGAUAGACGCAUUCGACAUCGUGACCGAAGGAGGCGCAGGAGGUGGUGACGUGAAGACCGAAGGAUUCUUGAAGGCCAGAGCAGAGCGAGCACUCACGUGUGGUGCCGAGUUCACCGCGCUGCUCCUGAAGCAUGUCGACGCACUCAAUGCUGAUCGAAUGAUCACAGCACUGAAAGAGAUACUGGCUGACUCCCGUGUGUUGAUCGCAACAACCACAGAGAUCGACAAGGUGCCUGAGGGUAUCCGGGGUCUGUUCACUCACGAAAUCGAAAUGAUGGCACCUGACGAAGGCGAAAGAGAAGGCAUUCUGCGCAGCGUUAUCGAAGACACUGGAAUCAGGUUGUCUCCCGACGUCGAACUGGGCAACGUCGCCAUCAAGACCGCAGCUUUGGUUGCUGGUGAUUUGGUAGACGUGGUAGAUCGCGCACUAGUUGCAAAGAGCAACCGCCUGGAAGCGCUCGCGGUGUCUGCGUCCAAAUCCUUGGCUUCAUCCGAAAAGAUCACCACAAGAGACAUCGAGCUUGCGGGUGGUCACUUCAGUAACAGCUUGACCAAGGCUGAUCUUGAUGGCGCUGUGGAUGCGGCACGCAAGAACUUCGCCGACGCAAUUGGGGCACCUAAGAUUCCCAACGUUGGCUGGUCAGACGUAGGGGGUCUUACACACGUGAAGGACGCUGUAAUGGAGACUAUCCAGCUACCCCUGUCCCGCCCUGAGCUCUUUGCUAAGGGCAUGAAGAAGCGCAGUGGUAUCUUAUUUUAUGGACCUCCAGGAACAGGAAAGACGUUGCUUGCGAAGGCCAUCGCUACAGAAUUCUCUCUCAACUUCUUCAGUGUCAAGGGUCCCGAGUUACUGAACAUGUACAUUGGUGAGUCUGAAGCCAAUGUACGACGUGUGUUCCAGAGGGCUCGUGACGCUCGCCCUUGCGUCGUGUUCUUCGAUGAGUUGGAUUCUGUUGCGCCCAAGCGUGGUAACCAAGGUGACAGCGGUGGUGUCAUGGACCGUAUUGUCAGUCAGUUGCUCGCUGAGCUCGAUGGUAUGAGCGAUGGCGGAGAGGGUGUCUUCGUCAUCGGUGCGACGAACAGACCUGACUUGCUUGAUCAAGCAUUGCUACGUCCUGGUCGAUUCGACAAGAUGCUGUAUCUUGGUGUCUCGGAUACCCACGAGAAGCAGCAGACUAUUCUAGAAGCCUUGUCAAGGAAAUUCACACUACACCCUGAACUCUCCCUCCAAAGAGUCUCCCAAGGCCUUCCGUUUACAUACACUGGUGCCGAUAUGUACGCCCUCUGCUCGGACGCCAUGCUCAAAGCUAUCACACGGCAAGCACGCGCCGUUGACGAGAAAGUCAAGGCGUACAAUGCCGCACAUUCACCAACCAUCACCAUUGCAUACUUCUUUGACCACCUGGCCACGGAAGAGGAUACCGCGGUCAUGGUCACGGAGCAAGAUUUCAUUGAGGCGCACAACGAGCUCGUGCCUAGUGUUAGUGCCGAUGAAUUGCGACAUUAUGAUACAGUGCGUAAGUCCUUUGAGGGUACCGGCAAGAAGGAGGACGAUAAGAAGAAUCAGGUGCUUUUGAAUGGCAACAAGGGGAAGGGCAAGGCUGAAGCGCCGUCAGACGACAGACAGAUGUCAAUUCGCACUGACAAUAUGAAUUUGAAUGGGUCGGCUGGUGGAAGUAGCGGUGGGAAAGGAAAGGGAAAGGCCCCGGUCGCGAAUCACGCGAGUAAAAACAGCCUUGAUAUUGCCGAGGGCGGAUUUGGGGAUGCAGCGCAGGACGACGAUUUGUAUUCUUGAUUUUGUAGUUUUUUAAAUAAUAUUUGUUAAGCGGAG